AUGCCGAAGCUCUUCAUUACUGGCGCCACUGGGUAUAUCGGAGGAGAUGCCCUCUAUGCAGUUUCAAACACCUACCCAGACCUUGAGGUUACCGCACUCGUUCGCAACAGCGACAAAGGAGCCAAGGUCGCAGCACGAUACCCAAAGAUCCGUCUUGUGUAUGGCACCCUCGACAGCACCGAGUUGCUCACUACAGAGGCUUCUAAUGCAGACAUUGUGCUUCAUUGCGCCGACUGCGACCACGUAGCCUCUGCUAAUGCAUUGGUUGCUGGACUUACCCGGAGCGGACGAAAGACCUAUCUCAUCCACACCUCUGGCACUGGUGUGUUGUCUUUCGAGGACUUUGAGACAAACACCUACGGUAUCAAGCGAGAGAAGGUCUACGAUGACUGGGACAACAUUGGUGAAGUCACUUCACUGCCUGAUGUGGCGCUCCACCGUAACGUCGAUAAAAUCAUCCUUGGAUCGAAUGAGGUGUCAGCAGGUAACAUUCAGUCUGCAAUUGUCUGCCCACCGUGUAUCUAUGGCCCCGGACGUGGUCCCGACAACCAGAAGAGUGUACAAAUAUACGAUAUGACCAAGGCAGCACUGAAGCGCAUGAAGGCUUUUGCUGUUGGCGACGGUGACAACAUAUGGACUCAGGUCCACGUCCAAGAUUUGAGCGAAGUCUUCCUAGCCCUCGUAACGGCAGCUCUCUCGCCAGAUGGUGGAAAAGCAACCUGGAACAAAGAAGGCUAUUAUUUCGCUGAGAGUGGGGAGUUCCGUUGGGGUGACAUCAGCAGCAAGAUCUCUGAGGUCGCGUUCAAGAACAAGCUCAUCAACCACGAAGGUGUGGACAGUGUGAGCAAAGAGGAGGCGGAUGAGAUGAGGCCAAUGGGCAGCUACCUUUGGGGCACCAACUCUCGCUGCAAGGCUAUCCGAGCCAACAAGCUGUUCGGUUGGACUCCCAAGCAGAAGAGUGUGUUCGAUCUGCUGCCGGAGAUCAUCGAUAGUGAAGCAAAGGCGCUGGGUCGCAUUAAGCAGCACGCCGAGGAAGCUGCUGAGGGGCGCAUCUUGAAGUAA